AUGGGCUGGCCGCCGAGCAGAGGCUGGGGCCAGCGACGACGGGGCCUGUCCGCCGCGCUGCUGCUCUUCGUCCUCCUCCUGCCGCUGCUCUUCUCCGCCCCCGGGACGUGCACGCCGGUGAGGGGGAGCGGCGGGGUGGCGCCGACGACGACGACGAAGGAGGAGGACGGGUACUCCUGGUCCUGGGACGGGAGCGGCGAGGCGGCGCGCCGGGGGCUGGUGGGGCCGGGGUCGUCGCCGCCCACGUGCCGCAGCCGCUGCGGGGGCUGCAACCCCUGCCGCCCCGUCCACGUCGCCAUCCAGCCCGGCCGGAGCUUCCCGCUCGAGUACUACCCGGAGGCCUGGCGCUGCAAGUGCGGCAACAAGCUCUUCAUGCCCUGA